UAGAUGUUACAAUGUAGAUGUUUGUAUCAGCUUAUGGCGGGUUUAUACACUUGAGUUUUCAGCAAUCAAGCAAGCUUUGUCUCAAAACUUCUCAGAUUCUCAGCAACUAAGAACCGUAUUUAAAGAACUUUGGAUUCCAAAUCUAGGCGGCGGCACUGGGAAUUCGCUGUAUUUCACCGAUUCUAUGCCUCUGGCAGGCUUUUGCUGUGCGUUGUCAAUCUGUGACAGCCUGCCACCCUUCAAGCAGUCGCUUGCCAUGCCGCUCUUCAACAAGAAGUUCGAGUCGAAGCCGAUUCCAGUGCGCCAGGGACGUUGCAAUAUAGGACAUCCGGUGGCCACCGAGGAUCUGGAUGACUACCGCCAGAUUUCCCUGACACUGGGCAACAAGGAGCUGCGCUUUGCGGACGGCAUCUGGAUGCAUUCGAGCCGGAAGGGCGACGUGGAUGACAUGCUACGGCUGAACAAGAAGUUUCGUGCCCUCGAGGAGGAGAACAAUAUGUGCAACCUCAAGAUCGAGGUGAUGCUCGAUCUGCUGGCCGAGCAUGCCACGGAACUAAGUGAGCUGAAGCCAAAGGAAAAGUGAUGAUAACUAUUAAAAAAUUAAUCUGAAAAAUACUGCAUAUUUUUUUAUUUUAAAGUCAAAACCCAACACGCUUCAAAAACAUGUUUUGACUGCCACUAAUAAAAUGCUGAAAUCUUAAAAA